CCACUCAUCUCACUCACUCCAAAACUUCCAACGACUCUCUCUCUCUCUCUCUCUCUCUAAAAUACUCUGUUAUUGAAUUUGGUUUCUAAAAUGGCUCUUGAAGCUCUCAACUCACCCAGCGCCGCCACCCCUACCUUCCACCAUGAAAACGAAAGCCUAAGGUAUCUGGAGCCCUGGAACAAGGGCAAGCGCUCAAAGCGUCCUCGUAUGGAAAAUCCUCCCACUGAAGAAGAGUACCUCGCUCUCUGCCUUAUCAUGCUUGCUCGCGGCGGCCCCACCUCCUCCGCCUCGCAACGCCGCCACUCCACACCUCCUCCAUCAUCCUCCUCAUCGGAGUCAAAGCUCGUCUACAAGUGUAGCGUAUGCGACAAGGCCUUUGCCUCCUACCAGGCUCUAGGCGGUCACAAGGCCAGUCACCGGAAGCUCGCCGGAUCUGACGACCAGUCCACUAGUACCUCCACGGGUACCACCACCGUAACCAGCGGUGGUAGGACGCAUGAGUGCUCCAUCUGCCACAAGUGCUUCCCCACUGGACAGGCUUUAGGUGGACACAAGCGCUGCCACUACGACGGCGGCAGCAGCGGCGUCACUUCGUCGGAAGGUGUGGGGUCUACCAACAGCCACCGAGGUUUCGACUUGAACCUGCCUGCUGCCCUGCCCCAAUUCUGUCCUCGAUUCGCCGGGGAGGAGGAGGUCGAAUCACCUCAUCCAGCCAAGAAGCCCCGUUUUCUAUUGUCGGCUAAAUCCCAAGUCUCUCUUUCUAUAUCACUAGAUUAGCCGAUUAGGAUCACAAUUUAGGGAUUUCGGGGAAUUAAUUUAGAAUUUUUUUUUUAACUUCCCCUUUUUUUCGGCUGAUGCAUUAUUAUUUGUUGUCUAUGUAUUUAUCAUGUGACAGUGGAAAUUUAAAUUUAUUCUUUUGUUGCUUAAAAAACGAUGUACUUGUUAUGAUGCAAUUCUUACCUUGUUUUGAAUUUUAUUUUUGUAAGGUUUUCAAUUA